CUCCUUUGGCGUACAAUCAAGAAUUCCAUUAAGAAACAAAUGAAGACCUGCUAGAAACUAGUCUUCAGGUCCUUCAAGGGAUUCUGCAGAACUGAAUCUUCUUGUAGAUGGAUUUUAUUAUUAUAUCAUAGCGUUUAAUUAGUUUAAUGCUGCUCUGGAGACUUGUUUUCAGUAAUUUUAAAUGACUUGUUUUAACAAUUGUAGGUUUUAUUCUAUUUUAAUAUUUAUAUGUUGUAGGCUUUAAAUUGCAUUGUUUUUAAUGUGAGCUGCUUAAUCUUGAUCAAGAGAAAAGCAGAGAAUAAAUAUAAUUAACAACAACAACAUCUUGGAAUUUUAGAGCACCAUAAUAAAAAGGCAGCACUAAUAUGUCUUGGUGGAGCCCUCGAUAGCGCAGCAGGUUAAACUGCUGAGCUGCUGAACUUGCUGACCGAAAGGCUGGCGGUUCGAAUUUGGGCAGUGGGGUGAGCUCCCGCUGCUAGCCCCAGUUUUUGCCAACCUAGCAGUUCGAAAAGAUGCAAAUGUGAGUCAAUGAAUGGGUACAGCUCCGGCGGGAAGGUAACAGUGCUCCAUGCAGCCAUGCCGGCCACAUGAUCUUGGAGGUGUCUGCAGACAAUGCCGUCUCUUCGGCUUAGAAAUAGAGAUGAGCAUCAACCCCCAGAGUCAGACAUGACUAGACUUACUGUUGGGGAAAACCUUUAACUCUACCUAAUAUGUCUUGAGGCAAAGCUGAAGACUUUUUGACUGGGACUGUUGGUAAUGAUUUUAAAAAAGAAAGCAAAGAUGACAUUCUGGUUAGAGGUGAUACGGAGGUGAUAAGAAAGUGGCAGUCUGUCCAAGCCAGUUGCUUCAGGGUGUCAAAUGUGUUAGUUUUCAGAGGGAUUUCCAUGACUCUAUUAAGUAGGUGCCUCUCAGCCUGUGCCAUGUUUACUUAAAGGUGCCUUUAUGUGGGAGAAUAGCAGGUGGCUAAUCCUCCCCCCUCCGCCACCCUCUUUAAAGCGUUGAAGUUCUUCUGUUACAGCUCUCCUCCUAUCUCUGAAGUGAUUUCCAGCAUGGCAGGUCUGAACGUCUCCAUUGCCUUUUUCUUCUUCACUGUAGGCCUUUGUGAGGUGAUCAGGAAACUCUCCAAGAGAAUCUUCCCACCUUGGAUGUACAUUUGCCUUGUGGCCGAACUGCUGAGCUCCUUCCAGAUGUGCACUUGCUGCCUGGAGUUGAAAAUGCUGAGGGAGAUUGGGCCGUGGGGUGGUGGCUUUGGUGCCGAUGUCAACCUGACUCUCCUUUUUCUUCUCUUUUUGGUUCAUGGUGCCUCUUUUGAUGGAGCAUCUGCAAACCCUUCUGUCUCACUUCAAGAAUAUCUGGCUUUGGAUUCUUCUUUUGGCGCUACUGUCACCAAAGUCUUGGCCCAGUUUUUGGGCAUGGAAGCAGCCAGUAUUUUUACCAAACAAUAUUGGUCAAGGGAACUGACAGACUUCCACAUGAUUCAGAAUUUAAUGGCUCGGAGUUGCAGUUCAUCUCUAGGCACCUCUGCCUCCCAUGGCAUCUUUGUGGAAGCCACAUGUUCAUUUUUUUUCCAGCUAGUGAUUCUCAGACUCCAAAACAGCUCUUCCGUGUACAGAAUCCCCAUCGUGGCACUUACUGUUACAGCCUUGACCUAUGCAGCUGCACCUUUCACUGGGGCAUUUUUCAAUCCUGCAUUAGCUUUUGCUGUGACCUUUUCCUGCUCUGGGAACAGCUUCGUGGAAUACAUGCAAGUGUAUUGGCUGGCACCCAUCACAGGGAUGCUGAUAGCGUUCUUCGUGUAUCAGGGGAACAUCCCACGAAUCUUCCAGAAAAACCUGCUUUACAAUCAUAAGAACAAAUACCGGAUACCCAAGGGGAAAGUUAAUCCUGAUAUCAAUGAGAAACGGAGAAAAGCAGAAAAAACAAUCAGCUGCUCAAGACCAACUGAAAGAACAGAGUGAAAGAGUUUGGCACAGACGGAUGUGGGAUUGCGUGUCUUUCUGCCUUUGCAGGAGACCUUUGGGAUUUUGAUGGCUUUCUGAACUCAGGUGCAGAACAUUUUGGCUGGAAAUGGGGAAAGGACAACUGUCUUGUGUGAUGUAGUGAAAAACGUGUCAGACUGGGACUGGGGAGAUUUGGGUUCAACUCUUAUCUCAGCUAUGAAGCUCAUUUGAUUUGAAUUGAGGCUAAAUGAUGUGCUUAGCAUCUAGUCUACCUCACUAGGUUGUUGUGAGAAUAAAGCAGGCAGAAGGCGAAUCACAUAUAUCAUUUUCAGCUCCUUGGAGAAAAAAAGGACAUAAACAAUAUAAAUAAAAUGUGUGCUUGGA